AUGGGUCAACAGAGCCAAUCCGGCCGCGCGCGCACCAAGCGCGCGCCCAUCCCAAACUCACCCGCGGUGCGCAAGGCCAUCAAGAAGGCUGCCGCCGACAAAAAGGAAAAGACCAUCGUCCGCUCGUACGCGGAGAAGAAACGGCUGAAGCAGGAGAGAGCCGCGCGGUUCGAGAACGUGAAGCACAAGAACAACACCAACUUCGGGAGCGAGGGCAUGAAGCUCAAGGCGGAGGCGAAGGGGCCGAUGGAGGUGCGGUACCGCGCGCUGGCGAAGAAGCUGCGGCAGAUCCAGGAGCUGGAGGCGAAAAAGAAGGAGGGCGCGUCGCUGGACCAGUGGCAGCUGGCGAAGCUACGGAAGAAACCGUUCGUCAAGGCGGAGAUCCGGGCGCUGGCCAGGGCGGUCGGGGGCGACGGCGCGGGGGAGGAGGACGGCUCCGAGGAUUCCGGAAGCGAGGACGACGAGGACGAGGACGAGGACGAGGAUGAGGAUGAGGAGUGA